GGGGGGGCCGGCGGCUGCGGCACCUUUAAGACAAGGGAGGACCCCUCUUGCCCUCGGAGAAACCAGGAAGGGAGUCGCGAGCAUCAUACGGGGCUUUGGCUGUACUGUACAGUUACUGUAGGGGCAGUGACGCCGCCGCCGGAGCGAGGAGCGACGCGGGCACAGCGAGCCAGGGCAGCGCGAGCGCCGCGGACCCCGCAGGCGAGCGGCUGAGGGCGCCCAGUCCCGACUCCGGGCCCCGGCCCCGCGCGCCCCGGCCCGGCCCGGCCCCGGCCCGGCCCCGCGAGGUCUUGGCACGGAAGAUGGCCGGCGGCGUGGACGGCCCCAUUGGGAUCCCGUUCCCCGACCACAGCAGCGACAUCCUGAGUGGAUUGAAUGAGCAGCGGACGCAGGGCCUGCUGUGCGACGUGGUGAUCCUGGUGGAGGGCCGUGAGUUCCCCACGCACCGUUCGGUGCUGGCGGCCUGCAGCCAGUACUUCAAGAAGUUGUUCACGUCGGGCGCUGUGGUGGACCAGCAGAACGUGUACGAGAUUGACUUUGUCAGCGCUGAGGCGCUCACGGCGCUCAUGGACUUCGCCUACACCGCCACGCUCACUGUCAGCACGGCCAAUGUGGGCGACAUCCUCAGUGCCGCCCGCCUGCUGGAGAUCCCUGCCGUGAGCCACGUGUGUGCCGACCUGCUGGACCGGCAGAUCCUGGCGACUGAUGCGGGUGACACAGGGCAGCUGGACCUGGUGGAUCAAAUUGACCAGCGCAACCUCCUGCGGGCCAAGGAGUACCUGGAGUUUUUCCAGAGUAACCCCAUGAACAGCCUGCCCCCUGCUGCCACCGCCGCCACCUUCCCCUGGUCCGCCUUUGGUGCUCCCGACGAUGACCUGGAUGCCACCAAGGAGGCUGUGGCUGCUGCCGUGGCCGCCGUGGCUGCAGGUGAUUGCAACGGCUUGGACUUCUAUGGGCCAGGGCCCCCAGCUGAGCGGCCCCCAGCGGGGGAUGGGGACGAGGGUGACAGCAAUCCAGGCCUGUGGCCAGAGCGGGAUGAGGACGCCCCCACUGGGGGUCUCUUUCCGCCCCCAGUGGCCCCUCCAGCUGCCACACAGAAUGGCCAUUAUGGCCGGGCUGGGGAGGAGGAGGCGGCCUCUCUGUCCGAGGCGGCUCCCGAGCCAAGCGACUCGCCGGGCUUCUUGUCGGGUGCCGCCGAGGGCGAGGAUGGGGAUGCGGCCGAUGUGGACGGGCUGGCGGCCAGCACACUGCUGCAACAGAUGAUGUCGUCAGUGGGCCGGGCAGGGGCCCUGGCAGCAGGGGACAGCGAUGAGGAGUCACGGGCGGAUGACAAGGGCGUCAUGGACUACUACCUGAAGUACUUCAGCGGCGCACAUGAGGGCGACGUGUAUCCCGCCUGGUCUCAGAAGGGGGAGAAGAAGAUCCGCGCCAAGGCCUUCCAGAAGUGCCCCAUCUGCGAGAAGGUCAUCCAGGGCGCCGGCAAGCUGCCGCGGCACAUCCGCACCCACACGGGCGAGAAGCCCUACGAGUGCAACAUCUGCAAGGUCCGCUUCACCAGGCAGGACAAGCUGAAGGUGCACAUGAGGAAGCACACGGGCGAGAAGCCGUACCUGUGCCAGCAGUGCGGCGCGGCCUUUGCGCACAACUACGACCUGAAGAACCACAUGCGCGUGCACACGGGGCUGCGGCCCUACCAGUGCGACAGCUGCUGCAAGACCUUCGUGCGCUCCGACCACCUGCAUAGACACCUCAAGAAGGACGGCUGCAAUGGCGUCCCAUCACGCCGGGGACGCAAGCCGCGCGUCCGCGCCGUGCCGCCUGACCCCACCGCCGGGGCCACCGCGCCGCCCAGCGCCCCUGACGCCCCGCGCAACGGCCAGGAGAAGCACUUUAAGGACGACGACGAGGACGAGGAUGAGGCCAGCCCUGAUGGCUCAGGCCGCCUGAAUGUAGCGGGUGCUGGUGGUGGAGACGACAGCAGCGGUGGCCCCGGGGCACCCACUGCUGAGGGUAGCUUCACAGCCGGACUCGCCUAAAACCAAAAAAGAGAACAGAAACCUGAGACGGAGAGAGAGAAACCAUCACCCACCAACCCCAAAACACAAAAAAAGAAAAUCUAUCUAUAUACAGAUAUCUAUCUAUCUAUCUAUAUAUAUAUAUACAGAUAUAUAUAUAUGACGUCACGGAACUAGGACACUGCUUCUCUCAGAUUUGUCUCCUUCAUGACAUCCCUCCUUCCGCAGGGCCCGUUUCCCACCCCCGUGUCCCCCGCCCGGUCCGCCAGGGGGUCUGGGGCUUGGUUUGGGGUCUCGUGGGGCGCCCAUUGCGGGCUCUGGGCCCGAUCGAAGACCUGGUCCCAGCCCUGGGCCCUGCGCUGGGGUGAGGUGACUCGGGGAUGGGCACAGGGCUAGUUCUCGUGUCCUCCCCUGGUUUCUGUGAGUCUUUCAGACAAGACCUUAAAUGAUCUCUGUCCGCUCUGAGUGGACAUUAAAAUGGUCCCCGGCCCCCCACUCUCCUUCCUCAGGGCACUUACUAAGGGGGGGGUCUCCCUUCAGUCUCCCCACCGGCCUCCCCUCCUCCCGCCCCGCCUGUGGCCUCGCACCUCUGCACCCCUCGGCCGCUGAGAAACGAAUCUAUUUAUUCCCAGGCCUGGAGAACGGCCAGGACUGGGGGGCUGGGGAGUUCCAGGGUGGCUUCUGGGGCUCCUGCCGCCUUCCUUCACGGCACUUACAACCGGCAGGACCCCAGGACCACCGCUCAGGGCACCUCAUCCCUCUCUGUCUGUGUCCCCAGCCCAGGCCACCCCGGACCCACGCAUUUGGAGAUACCAAACGUCUGUCCCCGAGCCCCUCCCAACUUUUUAAAGCACUUUGUAGAUUUUUUUUUCUUUCCUCCUGAAAAACAAAAUUUAUAUAGAGAUAUAUAUAGAGAUAAUAUACUUAGAGGAGCGGGCAGCAGCACGGGGUGGACAUAGCCAAGAUCAGGGUGGGGGGAGCCCAGGGUCCCAGAAGGCAGGGAUGGGCAGAGAGCGAGAGGCUGAAGUUCUAAUGUCACAAAAGCAAUAAAAACCCAGAUUCUACAAAAUGGAAAGAACGAAAACAAAACAAAAACAGGCAACCAACCACAUUGGAAGUCUUGGCACUUUGUAACGGAACGGGUACUUUAUCUUAAUUCUUAAUUUAAAAACAUGUUUACAAGUUGCAUCCAACUUCUAUGAAAUAUUGAAAAGACAAAAAAAAAAAGAGAGAGAGUAAGAGAGAAAGCAAAAGAAAAUUCCUAAAAGUCAAUUUAUUUUUGUACAAAAUAAUAAAAAAACCCACCGCAAACAGAAUCCACUUUUGUUCCCCGAGGCUGAAGGGGGGUGGCUAGGAAGCCAUCAGGGGGGGACCUGAGUCCCAAGGGGCGCAUUGAGGGCAACUGUGGGGUCCCUGAGUCUGUGCCAGGUCCACCCUUCUCUCCCGUCCUGCCCCCAGCAUUUGGUCUUGACAGAUGUCUCAGGCCUGCAAGCCGGCUGUGGCUUCCUCCUUCCUUGUUCCCCAGCUCAGGGAUGGGCCCGAGAGAGGGCUGGCCUUCCAACCAGCCAGACCACCCACCCCGCCUCCAUGUCCCCCCGCUGUCCCUGUCUCCUACCCUAGGACCUGCCCUCCAACAUGGCUGUCCUGCUUGGCCACCAAGGAGCUGCCAUCUUGGACGUGCCACCCCCUCCCCAUCCAGGGGGCGGCACAGGUCCCCACCUCCGGGGCCUUACACCUUCCCCAGGUACCUCUGUUUUUACUCAAAGGCACUGACUGUAACUGAGGCUGGCACCUGCCUCCCUCCAACCUCUGGCCCCCAAAAAGCCCGGUGUUAACCGAGCCGCAGGCCACGGACAGGGGCCAGGGUUGGGGGGACAAUGCUGCCAGAUGCCAGGAUGCCCCUCCUCCCUGCUGCAGACACAGAGCCUGGUGUGGGACCCUGUAACUAGAUGUUUGGUUGAGCUGGGGCCCUUUCUGUUGGUGCCCAGCUGGGGUGGAGGCUGUCCCUGUGUCCCCUACCUUUUCUUUUGUUUUUAAAGGGAAGCUUUUUAGGAAGGCAAAUUUUCGUAUUGUUUAUAAUGGGUAGUUUUCCUUUCUCCUUCCC